AUGACUCACCCAGAUCAGCCAGAGGCCAUGCCCGAGGCCUCGGCCGCCGAGGCGGUUCAGCCGCCCGCCACCCUGGAGGAAACGCCUGCCACCGCCACCGCCACCGCCACUGCCGCCACCCCCUCUACUGCUGAGGACAUCGAGGAGCAGUCUAAAAUGGACGCCGCGGCUGCGACGUCCACCUCCUCCACCAGCCCCGGCAAGCCUGCCGACCCCGAGGCCAACCUCAUCAUCAACUACAUUCCAAACAAUGUUGACGAGGCCCAUCUGUCGGAGCUCUUCAAUCGCUACGGCACUCCCAUCAGUGUUCGUGUCAUUCGCAACACCGACAACAACGAGAGUCUGGGCUACGGCUUUGUUCGCUAUGCCGAUCGAAACGAGGCUCAGGCGGCCAUCCGAGACCUGAAUGGCCACAAGAUCGGGGACAAGUCCCUGCGUGUGGCGGUCUCCCGGCCGCGCACCAACAACAACCUCUACGUGGCUGGCCUCGACCCGGAAACCACGCGCGAGGACCUUUUUAAGCUUUUCUCCCAGUUUGGCCAAGUGACGGAUGUCAAAAUUCUCGUCAAUCCCAACUCCGGCAUCAGCCGAGGUGUUGCCUUUGUUCGCUUUGACAACGACCAGGGCGCCCGCAAGGCCAUUGACAGCCUGGACGGUAGCCCCACCCGGUCGGAUCGCGUGCUCACUGUGCGUGUGGCCGACUCCCCGUCGAGCAGCUCGCGCGGGCCGCAGCGGUCGGCCGGUGGCCGGGCCACCUCCGGACCGGCGGACACCAUGGUCAGUCGCAAUCACCCAGCCGGCACCCAUCGGCACCCGGGCCAGGACCACUCCCGACAUGGGACCAUGGCCGGGCUGAACGGUCCGGCUGGGCCGAUCCCGCAUGGUGCUCUUGCCGGGGCGCCCGCCGGCCCUGGCGGUGGCCAUGCGCAUCCUCUGACGCACUUGCACGUGGGCCCGGGCCUGGUGGCUGCCCACCACCACCCGCAUGCCCAUCACCCACAUCAUCUUGGCCACCAUCCGCAUCACCCGCAUCUGGCCCAUCACCCGCAUGCGCAUUUGUCUCAUGCUGGCGUGUUGCUGGCGCCGGCUGGUGCUGGGAAUCCCCCGGCCGCGGUGGCCGCGCGUUUUGCGCAGGUUGUGCCGGCCGGCGCCCAGGUCCUGUUCGCUCCGCACCCGGGCGCUGGCGCUGCCGCCGCGCCCGCUGCCCCGGGGUCGCCCAUGCACAUGGAUCACCAUCCAGGCGCGAGUGGCCCAUGGCCCGGUUUCCACUCCUACACCCCGGUGCACUAUGGGCAUAUCCAUGCCACCCCCCCUCAGUUCCACCAGCACUCGGGGCCAGGCGGUCCGGGGGCCGGGUCAGCCGCCGUCGCUGGGGCUGGCGCUGCCUCCAACGGGACGCCGACCGCCGUUCCCGUUCCGAUGGGGCCGCACCACCGCCUGGUCCCGAUGCACGCGGCUCCGGGCGCGGUCCUCGCUCCGGGGAUCCCGACGGCUGCCACGGUGGCCUCGGGCGCCAUGGCUGGCCAAGGUCCUGGCAAUGGCAGCAACGGCAGCAGCACCAACACGGGCAGCAUCUCGCAUCCGAAACACUUGACGCUCUUUGUGUACGACAUCCCGGCCAGCAUGGACAAUGACCAGCUCUUGGAGCUCUUUGCCGCCCAUGGCAAGAACAUCUCGGCCCAGGUGACUCGCGACCCUGCCACCGGCAAGAGUCGUGGCUUUGGCUUUGUGUACUUCCAGAGCGUCUCCGAGGCCCAACAGGCCAUCGACCAACUUGAUGGUUUUGUCCUUGACACCAAGAAGCUGCAGGUUUCCUUUCGCCGCUAGGCAAGGCCGUGUGCGCAUGCACAUCGGGUCUGCCACUGAGGCCUCUAAAUAGACAUGUCAAAAGCUCCACCGUGCCCAAGUGCGUGCUUGCGCAUACAUACGGUA